AUGUCUUCGAGUGUCGCCGGUCGCCGCAAGGGCAGCAAGGGCAGCAAGGUCGCGAGACCUAAGAGUGAUUCUAUACCUUCAAAGUCCACAUCAUUAACCAUUAGUGGACCGACAAAAGCAAUGCAGUCUUCUGCACGAACUUCCGCUAAAAAUGGCAAUGGUAAUUUGCCCACCAAGUCACAGAGUCGAAUGACACAGGGACAAAAUGCUGCCGACCCCAAACCAAACGUCUUUGAAUUUCUCCAAGAAGGCGAAUCCUCGUCAUCCCCUGCAUCUGAAAGCGACUCGGGAGAGGAGGAGGAAGAAGAGCAAGAGAAUAGAGGAACAGUAGAGGCUCAUACCCCCGUUAAUUCGCGAUUGGCGCGGGACGUAGGCUUGCCCUCUCCCGAGUCUUCAUUCAGGGCAAGCAGCCCUGAACAAACGUUCUCUGUCGCGUCAAGAGACUCAAUCUCCACCGAUAUUGAGCCUACGACACCACCAGAUGGGUCACCCGCUGCCGCUUACCUGCGACUAGCCCAUAAACAUAUCACGCAAUCGCGAGGUCGGCGGUCUGAUGUCCAUUAUCAAGGACGGAGCAUGUCAAGGGACCACCAGUCUGAUUACUCGGCUCCGGAAGACUAUUACAUCUCUACGCGCUCACGACCGCCACAACGUAGAAAGCAUUCUUCAUCACCCGUUCAGAACGGAACAGCAGGGCCUUUGGUGCCAGCUGAUAAGAAGCGGGAGAUGACGAAGAACGACGGUCCAUCGAGUGAAGCUGGCUGUGUGUCUGGUUAUGCAUCUCUAGCCUCUAAGCUUGACUCUUCAGGUAAAGAUACUCAAAAGCUUACACCAUUGUACCGGCGAUUUGAGAACGUGAAUCACCGUAUUCUUUUGUAUCUGCAAGACGAGAUCUCUCAAAUGGAGGAAGAACUACAACUAAUGGAUAAGUACGAUGCGAAUCAUCGUGCUGCUGUUGCCGAGGAAGAGGGUGUUCUUCCUGAACCUGCCUCACGGCGCAUGGAUGUUGAGGCUUGCCAUUUCUCUGGCUUUCAUGCUAGACGGACAGAGCUUAUGGAGAGACUUUCUUACAAGAUCAAUCAAUACAACGACGCUCUAUACAACUACAAUAGAAUGCGACAAUCCUUGUCGCCGGCCUCAUCUAGAGACGUACAUACAUACCGCGCAUGGAUACACGAGAAUGCACCCAUCGCUAAAAACGAAACCAAAUUUCUAGACCAUGAGCUAGAUCUUAUCUCUAUGAACGCGGUCGCAAAUGCCAAGGGCGACAAUAGCAUAUUGUACUUCAUCAUUGGAGUGAUGUCAGCUGCAUUGUUGCUACCUCUUUUGGCAUAUUAA